AGAUGUUGGGCCGCUUGCUACUGUCACGAGGAUACCACAGCACGAAAGGCGUAUUCGGAAACCGACCCAGACCUAGCUCGCGAUACGAAGGAAUCAGUGCCGCGGUGUUGGAAAAGCGUAACACCAACAGCAAUGUGUACCGAUGGGUUGAAGCUUACCGCACGCAUGGCCAUCGUAUCGCCACGAUUGAUCCAGUUAAAUUUCAACCUACCGAGCCACAAAACUUCAACCAGCUACCAGAGCUGCAGUACGCUCGGUAUGGACUAACCGCUGCCGAUCGGAUCGAUCCAACCGGUCUGAUCAAUGUACCACCACAGCAGCAGCCACUCUCAAUGGCUGAACUGGACCAACUACUGGCCCGCAUGUAUUGUGGUACGUGCAGCAUCGAGUUGGGCUUCAUCGAAUCGGAAGAGGAGCGUGAGUGGCUUGCCGAGCGUUAUGAGCACCUCUUCCAACAAGAACCGACCGCCAACGAGCGGCGCGAAAUUGCCGAACUGAUGCUUAAAUCGCAAGCCUUCGAUCAGUUCCUAGCGGUCAAGUUUCCCACGGUGAAGCGAUACGGUGGCGAAGGCGCCGAAAGCAUGAUGGCGUUCUACUGGGAGCUAUUCCGGUGUGCCGGUGAUGCCAACCUGAGCAACAUUGUUAUCGGUAUGCCACAUCGUGGCAAGUUGAACGUACUGACGACUCUGUUUGGGACGCGACCGGCAAAGAUAUUUAAAAAGUUUAAAGGAUAUCCAGAGUUUCCGGCUGAUGCACAAGCGAUGUGCGAUAUAGCGAGUCAUUUUCAUACAUCGACGGAUGUGACCGUGGGAGGUAAAACGUUUCAUCUCAAUAUGCUCCACAAUCCGUCGCAUCUGGAGGCGGUGAAUCCUGUGUCGAUGGGUAAGGCACGGGCGAAACAACUCGCGCACGCUGACGGUCCGUACGAUGUGCGACAGGGUGAGGAUGCGUACCAUCGAUCGAAGGUGCUCAAUGUUCAGGUGCACGGUGAUGCCGCCUUUCCCGGGCAAGGCAUCAACCAAGAGUGUCUGAUGAUGGCGAAUGUGCCACACUACGAGGUGGAAGGUACGAUCCAUCUAAUAGUGAACAACCAGGUAGGUUUUACGACACCAGCCGAACGUGGCCGCAGCACCCGGUAUGUGUCCGAUCUGGCCAAAGCAAUUAUGGCACCGGUAGUACAUGUGAAUGCGGAUGAUCCGGAGGCCCUUGCCAGUGUUACAAAGCUUGCCGUUGAGUAUAGGCAAAAGUUCGGCAAAGAUUUCUUCAUCGAUCUGAACUGUUUCCGCCGCUGGGGACACAACGAGCUAGACGAUCCGACGAUGACAAAUCCACUCCUGUACAAAGUUAUACACGCCCGCAAAUCCAUCCCGGACGUGUACGCUGGAAAGCUGAUCGAUGCCGGCCUCUUCGAUCAAGCCGAUGUAGAUGCGAUUUCGAAAAGUCACCAAAACUACCUAACCGCCGAGUUGCAGGCGUACGAGCAGUACGAACCGGAGCGUACCUACUUCGACAAGCAGUGGAGCGGUCUGCAGCAGCCAAGCGAUGAGGUAACGGUUUGGAACACGGGCGUCGACUAUCGGUUGCUGAGCCAUAUCGGUCGGGAGAGUGUAAAGCUACCGGAAGGUUUCAAUGUACAUCCGCACCUGCAGAAGACGCACAUUGACGCACGCUUGAAGCGACUUGCCGAGGGACAACGGAUCGAUUGGGCAACGGCCGAAGCGUUGGCAAUCGGUAGCUUAAUGUACCAGGGGUACAACGUUCGCCUUAGUGGCGAGGAUGUGGGACGAGGCACCUUUUCCCAGCGACAUGCGAUGCUUGUUGAUCAGCAGACGAACGAAAUCUUCAUCCCACUGAACGCAAUGGCGGCUGACAACCCAAAUACCGGACGGUUUGAGGUGGCGAACAGUAUUCUUUCGGAGGAAGCUGUUCUCGGGUUCGAGUACGGUAUGGCAAUCGAUAAUCCCAACAAUCUGGUACUGUGGGAGGCACAGUUUGGUGAUUUCUUCAACGGUGCACAAAUCAUCAUCGAUACCUUCCUGGUGAGCGGCGAAACAAAAUGGAUGAUCUGCAACGGGCUGGUGAUGUUGUUACCGCACGGUUACGAUGGGGCUGCGUCUGAGCACAGUUCCUGCCGGAUGGAACGCUUCCUGCAGAUGACGGACUCGCGUGAAACUAGCCCAGACGGUGAUACGGUCAACCUGCAGAUUAUUAAUCCCUCCACCCCCGCCCAAUACUUCCACGCGUUGCGCCGCCAAAUGAUACGCAACUUCCGGAAGCCGAUGGUUGUGGUUGCACCGAAGACGUUGCUGCGCCUGUCGGACUGUGUGUCCCCGCACAGUGACUUCGCUCCCGGUACACACUUCCAGCCGGUGCUGGGGGAUCCCGAAGCGGGCGACCGGGUCGAUCCGAAGCGCGUGCGGCGCGUGGUACUGUGUAGUGGCAAGCACUACUACACGCUGCAAGCUGAGCGCAAAUCGCGCCAGGUGAGUGAUGUUGCACUGGUGCGGCUAGAAUCGCUCUGCCCAUUCCCGGUGCAGGCAGUGCGGGACGAGCUAGCAAAGUAUCCGAACGCACGGGAGUUUGUGUGGAGCCAGGAGGAGCACCGGAACAUGGGCGCGUGGACGUUUGUGCAGCCACGCUUUGAAAAUAUGUGCGAAAGGAGGAUCCAAUACCGUGGUCGGCCGGAAGCUGCUACCGUUGCCGUUGGCGUUAGCCAGUGGCACGUGAAGGAGGCUGAAGAAGUCAUUAAAACCACCCUGUAUUAAAGGUU